AUGGGCUCUCAAACAGACUUGUCAGGUUCCUUGGAACAAGACAUGUCCGAGGCCUGUCUUCGUCAACUGUAUGAUGAGGAAGAAAUUGAAUGUUUUCUCCACCUUUUUUCUGCUUAUGUAACAGAAGUGAGACUACCAGGUGCUUCGCUUAGCACAGAACAAGUCAACUCCAAGCCAUCAGAUAGCAGCUCCCUUCAUCUUCCACAAUUACCAAAGCCACCGCCACUCCCUCCACGACCAUUUGCUCUUACCUCCGAACGAGCGGAACCGUCUACACCUCUUCCACCCACCCCUCCCCCAAGACCGGUGGAACCCUCUUGGUCCGAACAGAUAGCCCUCAAAUAUAUACUACCAGCUCUUCCACCGACAUCUCAUUCGCCGCCACCCUUCGCUUUAAAGCGCCUGACACUUACUAGCCAGCGAUUUUUCCUCGCAGUAGUGCCUCCUUACCAGGCUUUAUUUCUUUCCAUGGCAAAAUUAGCGCUAUGGAGAGACCGACAACGUAGUGGACUAUAUUGCGCGGGGUUCUGGGUACUAUGGCUGUACGACCUCCUUCUCCCGGCGCUAAUGUUUCGAAUUUUGUGGGAGAUGCUCAGCCGGAGACUCUUUCCAUAUCCCACUUUAGAAUCUUUACAGAUGCGGCGGAACGAUUCCGAAAGAGCUAGAGAGUUCGGAGACGAAAUCCAAGAACGCCUAUCGGCUACUUCAAUUGGGCCGAAGGAGAUAUUUCAGCUCUUCCAAUCCUAUAGGCACACAGCGAAAAGCAAAAUUAAGUCCGUUGCGAAGGACACUGGGGCACCCAGUCCAUCUAGCGAUGAUGAAGCAGCUACGGUUCUUGACGAUGACUCUCAAGAAGAACAAGACAUCAAACGAGAUCUUCUACACCUUCUCAAUAUCGUCGCGGACGUUCACGAACGUAUUAAAAACAUUUUCAUUUGGAGACGACCGGCAGUCUCCCAAAGAUAUGCAAUCAUUUUGGCUUUUGUGGCCUUCUGCACCCUGAUCAUCCCUGCGCAUUACUUGGCAAAACUUAUAUACGGCAGCUGCGGUAUGAUGUUCUGGCAUGCUACUCCUGUGUUCGCUGCUCUGCCACCAGGUGCUCGAGCCAGACUGCCUGGUCUGUUGACCGAUGCCCCCACCGAUGCCGACUACGCUAUAGAAAUAAUCACACAGAGGAUUGCUAGGGGCGAAGAAAUCAUGCCUCCACACAGUCGCAAGCCCCGUUCGUGGAGUGCCCGUUCUAACAAUGCAAGCGAAGCCGAUCUUUCAGCAGCCCCGGCGCCAUCCGAUAUAUCAUCCAGGAGCCGCAUGCAAACUAAUGAUGGUGUCGAUUGGAAGAAAUGGGGAGCACGUGUUGCGCAGGGCAAGUCGUUGUUCAGUGAAAGCAAACAACUCCUUUUCCCUGGAGACGUGAGAUCAGCCGGUCUGACGUCUUCAGCUUUACAACAUGAAGAAGCACAUACAUAUCCUGCACAGCACGCUUCCGCGCCUGGUCUAAUCACACUGACCACUACUACAUUGUAUUUCACAGCACUCGCAUCACAACAAGCAAAAUUAAUCAUACCUCGCGAGAAACUUUGUGGCGUAAAGAAAACCGGUUUGAUGAAAGGGCUUCUGAUUACCCGGGUUGAGGACGAAGGUCGCGGAAGAGAAAUAGAAGAGAAGUUCCACUGGGUCGGCAAUCGAGAUGAGCUCUUCGCGCGGCUUCUUGGUCCAGAUGGUGCCCGAUGGAUGCGAAUCUGA